CUCAGAGGACGUGGAUUAAAUUUGCGUCAAACUUGAAUAGAUUCAAAAUUAGUUUUAGCUUUGUUAGUUAAGGAAAGAGGUAGUGAACCACAGAAUAACAAUGGGAAAUAGUGGCUAGAGACAUUUCAAGUCGAGUUUACUGCAGAAAAUCUGGUGCUUCUCAGCCAUCAGAAGUUCUUCAGGUGAACAUGACCUUCCUGUGAGGAAGGCUUGAGCACAAUUGCCAACUACCACAAAUUAUGCAUUUUCCCACAUUUGGGGAAGUCACGAGGAUCAGGAUAUCUGACAUACAGUGGAUAAGCCUCACCCUGGGAAGACCUCCUUCUUGGUUAUGGUGUCUUCCCUUCCAAAGAUGGCAGCUCCCGAGGUGGUGGUGGUGAGCAGCUGCAGCUCGCGCCAGGAUGAAAGUCCCUGCACUUUCCACCCGAGCUCGUCCCCGUCCAAGCAGCUUCUCUUAGAAGACCAGAUGAGGCGGAAACUCAAAUUCUUUUUUAUGAAUCCUUGUGAGAAGUUCUGGGCUCGGGGUAGGAAGCCAUGGAAACUUGCCAUACAGAUUCUGAAAAUCGCCAUGGUGACUAUCCAGCUGGUCCUGUUUGGACUAAGUAACCAGAUGGUUGUAGCUUUCAAAGAGGAGAACACCAUAGCCUUCAAACACCUCUUCCUAAAAGGAUACAUGGAUCGAAUGGAUGACACCUAUGCAGUGUACACACAGGAUGAUGUGUAUGACCAGAUCAUCUUUGCAGUGACCCAGUAUUCGCAGCUUCGAAACAUCUCUGUCGGCAACCAUGCCUAUGAGAACAAGGGGGCGAAGCAGUCGGCUAUGGCGAUCUGUCAGUACUUCUACAGGCAAGGAACCAUCUGCCCCGGCAACGAUACCUUUGACAUCGACCCAGAAGUCGAAACAGAAUGUUUCCUUAUAGAGCCAGAUGAAGCUUUCCACAUCGGAAUGCCUGGAGAAAAAAAACUCAACCUGAGCCUGGACUUCCACAGACUCCUGACGGUAGAGCUCCAGUUUAAGCUCAAAGCCAUCAAUCUGCAGACAGUUCGCCACCAGGAACUUCCUGACUGUUACGACUUUACUCUGACUAUAACAUUCGACAACAAGGCUCACAGUGGAAGAAUCAAAAUCAGCUUAGACAAUGACAUUUCUAUCAGAGAAUGCAAAGAUUGGCACGUGUCUGGAUCAAUUCAGAAGAACACCCACUACAUGAUGAUCUUUGAUGCCUUUGUCAUUCUGACCUGCUUGGCCUCACUGGUGCUCUGUGCCAGGUCUGUGAUUAGGGGUCUUCAGCUUCAGCAGGAGUUUGUCAGCUUUUUCCUUCUUCACUACAAGAAGGAAGUUCCGGCCUCUGAUCAGAUGGAGUUCAUCAACGGGUGGUACAUUAUGAUUAUCAUUAGUGACAUAUUGACAAUCAUUGGAUCAAUUCUGAAAAUGGAAAUCCAAGCCAAGAGUCUCACAAGCUACGAUGUUUGUAGCAUACUUCUUGGGACUUCGACCAUGCUCGUGUGGCUUGGCGUUAUCCGAUACCUGGGUUUCUUUGCGAAGUACAACCUCCUCAUUCUGACCCUUCAGGCUGCGCUGCCCAACGUCAUGCGGUUCUGUUGCUGCGCUGCUAUGAUCUAUCUAGGAUACUGCUUUUGCGGAUGGAUUGUGCUGGGCCCUUACCAUGAGAAGUUCCGUUCUCUGAACAGGGUCUCCGAGUGCCUAUUCUCGCUGAUAAACGGAGAUGACAUGUUUUCCACAUUUGCGAAAAUGCAGCAGAAAAGUUACCUGGUCUGGCUGUUCAGCCGAGUCUACCUGUACUCAUUCAUUAGCCUCUUCAUAUACAUGAUUCUGAGCCUUUUCAUCGCGCUGAUCACAGACACGUACGAAACAAUUAAGCACUACCAGCAAGAUGGCUUCCCAGAGACGGAACUUCGCAAGUUUAUAGCGGAAUGCAAAGACCUCCCCAACUCUGGAAAAUACAGACUAGAAGAUGACCCCCCUGGUUCUUUAUUCUGCUGCUGCAAAAAGUAACUGCUUGGGAGGAAGAUAUCGUGUGUGGCUGAGUCAGAGACAAUAUGGAUUAUCUGUGAUCACGCAACAGUAUGUUCAGAUACUAGUAUUCUGAGUUAACUCAGUUAACUUAAGCAAGACCUGUUUAUAUUCUUUUGAAAAUAUUUAAUGUCUCACAUUCUGCUUACAUUAGCAUUUUUAAAAUGAUUGAUUUGAUGAGGGAAGUCAAUGGGUCUUAGUCGCUGUAGCUCUUAAGUGUGUUUUCUAACCCCCUUUACCACACAGCACGCCUUGUGCCUGCCCUGAAAAACAAGCUUUGGCCUCUCAGCAACUGUGGACAACCCAGCGUCCUCUCCAAGAGUCGGGAUAAUUAUUCCACAUCGGACACCAUUGUAUCUUAGAGUCUAUCCUUAAAUGAAGGCAGAACAAUAGAGAGAGCCCCACCACAGCUGCAGGUGGGAUGCUUGGCUCUGAAGGACAGUCAUUAUUUGAUUCUUGUAUUCAGUGAAUCUCUGCCCUUCAGUGUUAAGGUACAAGGUUGGAAGAGCAUCUAUACACAAAUGAGGUCCAAGCACAGGCCAAGGAGGUAUUGGAUUAAAACAGUGAUGGUGUUGUUAACAUCCAAGCAGCGUGGGGGAAGCUGGUGAUACAACGUGCCUUCCGUCAGCCCACGCCAUCUCCACAAACCUGUCUGGGGUCAGGAUUUUUGGUUCUAUGGUUUGAAGUUCUAGAACCCAUGUUCAAAAUUUUAAAAAUGAAUUUUAAAAAAUUUGAAAAGGCAUGGAAUUAGGCUCUACAUUUUGUAGUUCUCUAAUGGAAAAUUAUGGGGAAUUUUUGUGGUAUAAUAUUUAUUUUAUGUACUGUUUAACCAUGCAGACAUUAAUUCAAUUGUGUAUAAUAAUGACUUUACAAGAGCUCCUUUAAAAAAGAAUAAACAUUUUUAACACAUUAAGGUUGCACUAGAGACAAAAUGAAGAUACCAGCUUGUUUUGUAAUUUAUUAGAAUACAACAUGAACUUUAAAACUGC